UAUUGUAUCAAGAAGUAUCAACUUGACGAUUGAUCUACCGUAUCCGUAUAAAAAUAAAUAUAAAUUACGCUUACCGAUCACAGUAAUUCAGCUGUAAUCUUAUAGCUAUUGUUCGUAGAAUUUGACAUGAAAUAUUAAUUGGUUAAUUUAAAUCCAUUAACCCUCCCGGUUAUUCAUUACUGUAAUGGCUUCUGUAAAUGAAGGAGUUCAAAUAUCUAACGAUGCCAUGGACAAUUCCCAAACAGAAUCUCAAAAAGCGGGGGAAAAUCUCGACAAAAACAAACACAAAAAUGCUGAUACCCAAGGAAAUUGUUACUGCGGCAAAGAUCGAAACUUGAAUAUAGUGGAACUUCUUUGUGCCUCUUGCAACAGGUGGUUUCAUGAAUCCUGUAUUGGAUAUCAACUGGGGAAAUUAGUCCCAUUUAUGUCAAAUUAUUUGUUUAUAUGCAAAAAUUGCUCACCAACAGGAUUGGAAACAUUUAAAAAGAACCAAGCUACUUUUCCACAAAUGUGUCUGACUGCAAUUGCAAAUUUAAGACAAGAAAGCAUUAAAGAGGGAAGCAAUAAGUCCCUGUUUAGUAAGGAUAAACAAAUCAUACCAUACAUUGAUCAGUACUGGGAAGCUAUGACAACUAUGCCAAGACGAGUUACGCAAUCCUGGUAUGCAACAGUGCAGAGGGCGCUAAUAAAAGACAUACAAGUGACAUUUACCUAUGAAGAGGACGCACACCAAGGCCCCAUGUUUGGAUUAUUUAACCUGCAACUAACAAAUAUUAAACCCAAUUAUGAAGCUAUGAUAAAGCAGGGCCAGUUAAAGGUGACUGACAUGGGAAUAGCUACAGUUCCUCUAACGGGCAAUGUAAAGGGCCGACAAGGCAAGCGGCGGCCCGCGGUGGGCGCGGAGACGGGCGCGCCGGUCGGCAAGAAGGGCAGGUCGAGCGAUCUCAGCUCGCUCAAACUACCCUCGCAUGGGUACCCCACUGAGCAUCCGUUUAACAAGGAUGGGUAUAGGUACAUACUGGCUGAGCCAGACCCGCACGCGCCGUUUAGACAGGAAUUUGACGAAAGCAAUGAAUGGAGUGGCAAGCCGAUACCGGGCUGGUUGUACCGUUCCCUAUGUCCUGGGGUCGUGUUGUUAGCGUUGCACGAUCGAGCGCCUCAACUGAAGAUCGCUGAAGACAGGCUAGCUGUCACUGGCGAGAAGGGAUAUUGCAUGGUGCGGGCGACUCAUGGCGUGUCCCGCGGCGCGUGGUACUGGGAGGCGAGCGUGGAGGAGAUGCCGGAGGGCGCCGCGAGCCGCGUGGGCUGGGGCCGCCGGUACGCCAACCUGCAGGCGCCGCUCGGCUACGACAAGUUCGGCUACUCGUGGCGCAGCAGGAAGGGCACCAGGUUUCACGAAUCUCGCGGUAAGCACUACAGUCCGGGUUACGGCGAGGGAGACACGUUGGGUUUCCUCAUCAUUUUGCCAAAUAGCCCCACUACCAAGUACACACCAAACACUUAUAAGGAUCGCCCGCUUGUCAAGUUCAAGAGCCACCUGUACUACGAAGACAAGGACAACAUCCAGGAAUCUCUCAACAAUCUGAAGCCGCUAGCAGGCAGUAAGAUUUACUUCUUCAAGAACGGCGAGUGUCAAGGCGAAGCGUUCACUGAUGUGUAUCAAGGAUGCUACUAUCCGUCCGUUUCGUUGCACAAGAAUUGCACAGUCAGCGUCAAUUUUGGACCCAAUUUUAAGUUCACACCGAACACCAAACAUGCUUUUCGGCCGAUGUCGGAGAAAGCGGAAGAGGCUAUAUGCGAGCAGACAAUGGCUGACUUAUUGUACUUGACCGAGAACGAUGGGAAGCUGCGAUUGGAUAGUUUUAAUCUCUGAUAUAACUAACACCGUUGAACGGUGUAUAAGACUUUGUGCAGUGAGGUUUGCGCAUGUGAAUGUAAAGAGUAAGGACAUGAUCAUAAUAUAGCGAUGGAAUUGACACAAAUUGAAGAUAAUAUCGCAUUACUAUUGCUACAACGUGUCAACUCAAAAUUAAGCUUUUUUUAGAAAUGAAUGAAAACUGAUUACUCAAUCCCUGUAAUAGAUUAUAAAAUUCUUACCACCGAGAGAUGCAUUAAAAAUAAUAAGAAAACGCACAGUGCCGUACAAAAAUAGUGGUCCAAACCAAAGAAAAAGUUUGUUCCAUGUUUUUUUAUUAAAUGUUUUGCCCAUGGUUUGAGGCUAACAUCUAUAUUUUAUUAUUAUACAUAAUAUAAUAAAUCUGAAGAAGG